GGCAAUGUUUAACGAAGUUCUGUUUGUUAUUGUGUGCCGCGUGGCCAUUAUAUGGAAUCACCAAAUGUACAUGAAUUUUCAACAAAGCAUUAGUAAUAUGGAGCAAUGUUUGAACUUUACGGAUUUCUCCGUUAAAAAAGGGAAUGUAUUGUCGAUGUUGUCGAGAAUGAUAUUAAUACACUUAUUGUUUUUUGGCAUACACAUCAGAGAAUUGGUUAUUAAGUUGCAAAAUGGAGAUUUGGAGAUUUUGCUUUACAAUUUGUACCACGUCGUUACUUUGUACCAUCAAACAAUUAUUUUACAAAUAAUAACGAUUACUAAUUGUUUUCUAUUCACCAGGUACAAAUUUUUACGAACCCAGUUGCAUUCGAUUAUACAAAGCGAAAAACCCAACGCUAUCGGCCUGAAAUUCCGCAAAAAACCGAAAUUAAAGGAAGCCUUUAUUCUAUUCAAACAAAUUUCGAAAGUUUCAUUAAACAUGAGCAAAACAUUCGGUCUGCACGUAUUUCUAGCAUCAUCGUCCACCGUCAUCAUCAGCCUCAAUUGCAUAGUUUUUCUAAUUUUCGUCGACGACAACAAAGAUUUAUUCAUAUAUCUAACACACACUCUAAUAUAUCUGAUAUCCUAUGUAAUAGUUGUGUUACGCAGCGAGGAUGUGGAAUCGGAAUCGCGGAAAAUCAUCAGAUUUUGCUACGAAAACCAGGAGAGUUUAUCAGGCAAUCAUUUGGAAUUCGAACUGAUGCGUUUCGCGGAUAUUUGCAAUCAUCUAGCUCCGAAUUUCUCCGCAGCCGGAUUCUUUACUUUCAACAAAUCAGUCUUAUCGGCGGUUUUUUCAUCCAUUUUAGCCUAUCUCAUCACCAUCAUUCAGCUGGACAUCGCCUUGAGGAAGCCCUAA